CGGCGUUAGUGACGAUUUUAGCCACGCGCUAAAAGAUCCAUGUAGCCCAAGCAUGUAGCACUGUAGAUAUUAUAGAGUUGACAUAAUGCCAAAAAAAUGCUUAUUGCUUGUUGAACGAUAUAAUCUGUGGGGCGAAGUAAAGUGUGGUAAAGUGCACUUUUGUUUCUGGUCGGUGGUAAAGUGUAAACACUCAACAUGGAUGAUUUCUCAUCUCACCCGUUCGGUUUUUUGUUAGAAAUGGAUUAUAAUGCUUAAAUGAAGAAGAAAAUAAAUAUCUUUAAUUUGUUAAAAUGUCGUCCGAAAGGGUGGAAUGGGUGGAGAUAAUAGAACCGAAGACAAAGGAACAUAUGUAUGCUAACCUAACAACUGGUGAAUGUGUUUGGGAUCCUCCUGAGGGUGUAAAAGUAAAGCGCACUGAUUCAUCUCAAUGGUGGGAGUUGUUUGACAUCAACACACAUAGAUUUUAUUACUACAAUGCAUCUACACAGACCACUGUUUGGCACAGGCCUACAGAUUGUGAUAUCAUCCCUUUGGCCAAAUUGCAGACUUUAAAACAAAACACAGAUCCACAAAAAAGGCGAGAAACAUCCACACAAACUAACCAAGCAGCACCACAGGUCCCUUGUAUGCUUGAGCCAAUCAGUAGCAAUGGUAAUACUACCACAGCAAGUGUCAGUAAGCUUUCACCAAACAACACUAAGAAUGUUACCAUAACACAAACUAGUCCUGUUCGCACAAGGAGGGGUCAUUAUCAUCACAGUGGUGUGAACUGCAGGAACAGCGGCGAGAGCCGGCGCGGGCGCCUGAGCGAGGACGGCACGACUGCGCUGUGUCGCCACACGGACUCGGGCCGCUCCUCCGACAGUAGCAUUAGCAGCGCGCAGCAGCGACGAAAGCAGGAGCUGAGCGCGGCGGCGUGCGGCGCGGGUGUGGUCACGCCGCAGCUGCGCAAGCGAGGCGUCGUGCAGCCCGCGCCGCCCCACGAGCCCGACAAGUGGUCCCCGCACUCUGGUCUGAACCGCAGCGGUAGUUUCAUAUCGCCUCGGAAGGAUGCCUCGGACGAUUCCAUGCACGAAAAGUAUUUCAAGUCCGUCGAAAGUACGCCGUUAACGAGACGUAAGUUAAAACAGCAGUCGGCCGGAGGUUCGUCUUGUGAUUCUGCAUCGCCACAAAGUCCGAGUAGUCCUUUGCAAAAGCCGCAACCAACGCCUUUUUUACAGGCGAGUGCGGCGCGGCCUUCCCUCGUGUCGUCGAUAUCGCUGGCGGCGGACGGGGCGCGCGCUCUGCACUCGCUGGAGCGACCGCAUCACCUCUCCCGGCACUCCCGAGAGAGAUUCUCAGACAGGCAUCUAGAUAAAGAGCGGUUAGCAGAGUUGGAACGGAUGGAGCGGUACCCGGAGAAACAGGCCGUGUACAGCGUAGACAAGCCUUUCCGUCAAACGAGUCUCGACCUGCGACAUAAUGCCUCCAGCUGGCAUCCCCCCAGGGAGUUUACUAGACGCCAGCAGGCCGAGCCGGAGCGGUACACGUCGAGCAAAACAUCGGUGUCGUCCGGUAGCAGCAGCAAACACCGCACGCCGCCGCACGAGCCGCCACACAACUUCAUGCGGCUCUCCUCCGCCAACGAGCAAGACAACGUCGCCGCUGUAAACUACAAGCUGAAAUGCGUCAAUCUGGAACCGGCUCUGACGGAACCCAAUGUGCAGAAGCACAAUCAACGCCUUGAAAGAACCACGGCUCCGCGAGAUCGUACGAAAUCACGACGGCAUAAAAGACCUGUGGAAGACGAGCCACUGCAGGACGGCGAGGAAGAAGAUGAGGACGGGGGCGGCUCCCCGCUCUACUGCAACUGGGAUCUGCGCGGCAUGCAGCAUCUGCUGCCGUUGCAGGACUACAUCAUACAGCAGGCUAAGUUGUCCAGUAGGGGGCGAUAUACCGGUGGAUCUGAUUCGGAUGGCGAAUCUGGCACAUCGCGGUCGCGUUCCGGUUCCGAAUCCCGCUCGUUGUCCGGACACGAACCCGACAAUGAGUCGUCCGACGGUGGCGCCCGGACACCGGACGAUGACGACGGCUCCGGCGUAUAUUUACCGCAUACGUACGCGCACAGGCCGCAGGACGUGGAAUAUAUGAACCAUGGAGUUUCCUAUUAUAAUACAUUUGUCGGAUUCGAGCGUGAUCGACAGCCUUCCCCGGGUAUACACAGGACGUCAUCGCUAGGCGGCGGGCCGGGCGCGGCGGGCGAGGCUCCGGGCGCGCGCGCGGACGCUCUGUACAGCCCCGUGCGCGCGCACGCGCCCUCCGCGCACGCGCAUCCGCACUCGCACCCGCCGCCCGAGCAGGACAUCGAGAUCUUCGCCAAGGACCACCUCAACUUCAACAAGGGCAUCUUUAGGAGAAAAGCAUCGGUGAGAGACAUGCUGUCGUGGACAUCAUCUUCCAUCAGCGCGCCGAUGGUGGGCGCGGACUGGGACAAGGCGCACAAGAAGGCAGCCAUCGACCUGUUCCGCCUCGUGCAGAUCUACAUGGGCGACCGCAAGGCCCGGCCCGGGAUGACGCUCAACUCCGUCGCGCAGGACAUCCUGCAUGCCACCUUCACCAAUGAGAAAUUACGAGACGAACUGUAUGUUCAGCUGUGUAGACAAACAACGGAAAAUCCUUUGCGGGAUUCCCUUCUUCGAGGGUGGGAGUUACUAGCAGUGUGCCUUGCCUUCGUCCCGCCGUCGCCCGCCUUCCAGCCCGCGCUGACCAAUUACGUGAAUCGACAUCGAGACCCUGCCUUUGCUGAUUGCUUCCCCGAGGUUGGAAAAUGGCCGAUUCACGUCCAAGUGUCACAUUAUGCGAGCGUAGCAUGUAAACGACUGGAAAGAAUAGGAUUCGGUGGAAAAAAGCCGACCCGCAAACCUAGUACUGAAGAUAUUGACCAAGCAAGAAUUCAAAUAUUCCGUCAGUCGAUGUUCGGCAACACACUAUCAGAGGUAAUGGCGCUUCAGCGCGAACGCUUUCCGGCGCGGCAGCUCCCCUGGGUGCAGACUGCGCUUUCGCAACAAGUGUUGGCGCUGAACGGCCGGGAAACUGAGGGCAUAUUCCGCGUUUCCGCCGACGUGGACGAAGUCAACGCGCUCAAGGCCAAGAUCGACAACUGGGAACUGCCCGACGCUUCUAUGUUAACAGAUGCUCACGCGCCCGCAAGCCUGCUCAAGCUGUGGUACCGCGAGCUGUACGAGCCACUGAUCCCGGACGCACUGUACGGCGCGUGCGUGGCGGCCGGCUGUGACUUCGCCGCCUGCACGCGCGCGCUUCAGCGGCUGCCGGCGCUGAAUCGACUAGUACUUACAUAUUUAAUAAGUUUUCUACAACAAUUCAGCGCACCAGAAGUGGUAAGUCAAACCAAAAUGGAUUCCGCUAACCUAGCAAUGGUUUUCGCCCCCAACUGCCUUCGCUGCACGUCGCAAGACCCUCGGGUCAUACUCGAGAACGCGCGCAAAGAAAUGACCUUCAUGAAAACUCUCAUCACCAACCUUGAUACAUCUCAUGUGCAUGAUCUGCUGUGACCGUUGAAUCUCAAUUAUUGUAACAACAAUUUCUAGCGAAUGUUUAUUAGAUUACCUUAUUCUCUUAAUUAUAGCAAUCUGAUGCAAGCCUUUAGUGCAAAUAGAGUUUAAGGCGAUGACCCUUUUCCUGGAUAUCAUUAUUAUAACUUUAUAAUAUGUAUACUAUUACUAUAAUAUCAACGCGUGCGCAAUUUGCGUUUCGAUUACGCGCGACGUACUCGUAGUUCCACUGUCUGGUUUACAGUCAAUUUAUUCUAUUUGGAGUAUAUUUGACAUUCUUGUAUAUUUUUUGUAUUUUUGUACGCUAUAUAUAAAUAAUUUUAUUUGGUUGUAUCCAAAGAUAUUUAAUGAGAUGUGAUUUUAAAAUAUAUUUAGACUUGAGCUUUACAAAAGUGAAUGUGCAAUGUGUUCCGUGCUGAGUUGAUAUGGAAACGAUUGCGUGUUUGUUAUUAUUAGUAACUAUUAUUAUUUGCGUAUAAUAAGUGCGGAAUAUUAAGUUAAGUUUAUAUUUUUAUAAGUUAUCUUUUAAGUAUACUUUUACGUGCGUGAAUGCGUGCAGUCAAACAAAACACAAUGAGAUGAAUUAAAACUUUUAGAAUUGUAGCUUUAUCAAGAAACAUCACAAAAACAUAAAUGCUUAGUAAAUUAUUGCAUUUAAAGCUUUAGGAAUAUUUAAGAUUUUUCUGGUUGUACCCAGUGUCUUUAUUGGACUGAAGCUGUUGUCUAUUAAAACUUUAUUAUUUUCCAUUGGCAAUUAAUUAAGAUGUUACUACUUACUAUCAAACCAGUUGUGUCUAAUAUAAAUCAUGAUUAAUGAAGGCAUCGCUUUACUUAGUUUUAAUAAUAUGCUGAAUCUGAAUAAUGUGACCGGCGAGCUCCGUAGCGAGACGAAGAUCGAGAAGGUGAGCAGAAUGAAAAUGGCGACGAAGCUGUAGCCCCAUUCAUAAAACGGUCAGUCAGUUAAAAGUUAAUAACUUGCGGCAGGAUAUUUCUUUUUAUUAAAUGAACACUAGCAUACUAGGCACUUUCAUCAAAAAUUAUACCUUAUCAGUUGCAUUAAGGAACCAAUUUUAAAAACUAAUGAUUUUACUUAUGGCUGAAUAAUUUCUUAAAUCAAACGAACGUUUGUGGUUUUCUAGAUACUUUAUAUUACUUAAAUUUUCUUUAUGUCUAGCUUUUUUGUAUAAUAUCGUGUAGUCAUAUUUCCGUAUACUUCUCAGAUCAAUAACAAUUUUUUAUUGAUUCGUAAAAAACAUUGUGAUUACUUAUUAAUUUAAUCUAUUUAUCAUGAUUAUAAUAUAUUUUUUUUUGAUUGAUUAGCUAGAAAUUACACUUUAUAUGUAGGGGCAAAUAAGAAGUAUUUUUAGAGGCUAAAAUUGACACAAAAUCAUUGUGUUAUCUUUAAUAGACAAUAGCUUUUGUCAUUGGGCUCCACAAUAGCAUUAGCAUUUAUCUAGCCUAUGUAGUAAAAACACCAAAAUAAUAUUGGCAUUUUACUUUGAAAGAACCAAAGUUAUCAAUUCAUACAUCACAUAUUAUUAUGUAAUACAUUAAAAAAAGAACUUUCGACACGUAGUAUGUUUAGAUCCUAAACAUGUUGUGCUAUCAAAAAUAUUAGGUUAAUGUUAAACGAUUACAGUAAAAUAUAAAUAAUUGCGGCUGUUGUAUUUCAUUACUUUAGGCGGCAAUUAAAUAUGUAGUCGAAAGGCAGUUUGAAGUUCAUAGAUUACACCUAAUGUGAGAUCAGAAUAUUUAUGCUAUUAACUUGAAAUUAGUUCAUUUACAAGUGCAUUUAUUAUCAGUAUUUUCACUGUUGGCAGCUAAAUUCUACUAUUUUAGGCUGGGGAAAAAAUAAGAUGUUUAAUCUUUAUAAUUCACAAUUAGACUUCACUUUAAAAGGGAUAAAUAAAUAAAUAUAUAUAUCUAGUAUUUGUCUACUAUACGGUAUAUAGUUAACACAAAUAAUGGUAGGAGUAAUACUAAAGCAGACCAAACCUUUAAUUAAUAUGUUUAUGAUCAAAUUCAAUUUAUAUACUUAACUACCGCCCUUGUUCUAUUAUGUCACAAUAAUUAUUUCUGUGUCACAAUAAUAUAAUUAUUCGAUUAUGGUUACUGUCACAAAAAUGCAUUUAUUUCAAUGAAUCUUAUUUUAUUAUACAUUUUGUUUUUAAUUUUAACUAUAGAAUAAGGUAGGGUUUCGAUUGGCUUGGCUUUGUAAUAGUGCCUCAAAAGUACUAUGUAGAAUAAAAAUCUAAGUUAUAUAAGCAAAAUAUACCAGUAAAAUUAUUACAGUUCUUUAUUUUUAUUGCCUGAAAAUGUGAUACUUUUUUCUAAAAUAUAUCACGAAUACUUUAAAUUAUUAAGUAUAUUCGAAAGUUUAACUAUAAAUACCAUUAUUUAAAAUGCAAAAUACUUAUAGUAACUCAAAAUAUAUGAACGAAGUAGAAUAAAUGAUAAUGAAAUAAAUAUAGUCCUACCUAAAAAAAUAUACCUACAGCUUGAAAUACUUAGGUACUCGCGCUACUAAAUAAAUUAAAUCGUAUAACAUAUGAACUCUUUAGAAAUAUAUUUUUUUUGGCUAAAAGGAUUUAAAAUAAGAAGCUAAUAUUUAUCAGAACAAGUUCAUAAUGAUAUAAGGGCACACAUAUUAAAUAAGUAUUAUUUCUGAUUCCCAAAGUGAAUAUCUAUUACCAUGGCUGUUUAAGAAAUGUAAACAUAUUGAUAUUCUACGUUUCUACUUUCCAUGUAUUUAAAAAAAAAAACUUAACUAGUAGUUUGUAGAAAGCUCUGCGGGAAUAAAGUAGAUAACGAGUAAGGCUAGAACUUUGCAAAUUACGUAUAGUAUUUUAUAAAAUAUAAUAAUUUUUUGAGCAUUAUUAUUUUAAUAUAAUACCUACUUAUAUGUAUUUUCAGUUAUUUUAUUUUAUGACUAUGGCAUUUACUUCUGUUUUAAAACAUUCCAAUCAAGUUGAAAUAAUAAUAUUUUUUAAUCUAUUUGACCGUUUCUAAAUAAAAUGGAAAAAAAAUUGUAGACUUUAGCUACAAUGUUCCUAAAUAUUAAUAUGUUGUGUAGCUAUUACGUCCUAAGAUUACAUCAUACUUUUAACAUCUCAAUUUGAAAUCCUUACUAUUUGACUAAGGUACAAAAUACAAUAUUAUUAAUAUUAGGCUCCAUUGGAACCUGCUAGUAGGUUUUACAUAUUAUUUAUACUACCAUUGAGGCACACAAAAUUCUUAAUUGAUCGCAACACCUGUCGUUAACGGAUUUUUUGACGGAGUCAUCGCGUAACAAACAUACAAAAAAAACACAGUCGAAUUGAGAACCUCCUCCUUUUUUAUAGUCGGAUAAAACAAUAUUUUUUUAAAUAAAAUAAUAUUCGUACAAGAUAAAUACGAAAAAAAAGAGUCAGGUUCAAAUGACCAUAAUAUCUUGAUUCUUGGUCAAUUUAAUCAAAAAAUAUUUCAGCCCAGCAUUUUGGAGGAAAUUUAAUUUACUUUUUUUAUCUUCAGCAAUGCCUAUGACUUUCCAAAAAAAAAAAAAGAUACUGGCGAAACAGCACAAAAACUAAACUGUUUUUGCAUGGUUUUUUUUUAAUAUUUGGAAAAGAUUCUCUAUAAAAAGUUUUAAGUAUAUAAAAAAAUAUUUUAUAUCGAAAUUUUGUAUUGUUUGUUUGAUAUAUUGAAAAAACCAAAAGGGGUGCUCUUUCAGUCCUAUCUUCAAUUUCCACCCUCUAAUAUAAUAACACUCCACGGUUUUUUCUUCUUUUAUAACCCGUUAAACGAUUCCUGCUAUAAAAACCCGUGAACGUCUUAGUUCCUUUCUUCAUAUGACAUAAUUAAUAGCCUACAGUGUGGAUAGAAUAAUUUGGUGGCAUUGUGUUACAUACAAAUAUUAAAAGUUUCUAUAUAAUUAUAUAGAAAGAAGGGAUGAAAAUACAUUGUAUUUCCAAGAUAUAGAUAAGAGAAAUAUUCAAUGAAUUAUUAUAUAUAAAUGAAAUGCAUUAUAAUAAACAUACUUAAUAAAAUUAUGAUACUCUAGUUAUGUGGCAAUAUUAAUACCUAAUUCAAUGUUACCUACCGUAAUUAUUCACUCACGUUGUGCCAUUAAACGCGACAACUGGUCAUUACAUUCGACAAAAUUAUGCUACGUCCAUUCUUAUAGGAACAACUUUUUUUUUUAAUUCACCAAACUAGUGCAGUGUAUAAAUAAAAUAAAAAUGUUUCAUUGAGUGGCGUAGCAAUAUUAUGCAUGGUCAUAUUUUUUAAGGCCGUCAAACAAACCUUUGAUUUUAUUAAUUUACAUGUGAAUAUUUUUGAAUUUUUUACUGAAUCUAAGUUUAACAGAUUCUUGGGUUGUUUUGCAAUUGAUCAUGUUCUUAGAAAUUAUCAUCUUGUAUUGAUUUUUAAGUGUAGACAUUCACCAGCGUAAAGUUACCUAAGACAGCAAUAGCGUAGUUGUAGCCGAUUUUAAAACCUUACCUAUUUAAAACUUAAGGAACAUGGCAUUAUCUUCGCUGUUAAAGUGCGCUUUUUGAAAGUGCUCAUUGCACAUGUUAUGAGUUAUGACCCUUAGCUGCCCUUGAGGCUCAUAAUAUAGGUACUUCGCGUUAUGGAGUUAAAACAUUGGUACUGCAAUAACAUAAUCGCUAAGAAUAAUAUUCAAUUUCAACAUAAAAAAUAAGCGAAUGAGACCUUUUAUUGUGAAUUAAUUAUUAAGAGAUAAUGUCAGAAAACGCUCUCUUAUGUACUAGAAUUGUGAUUGCUAUUAUGAAGAGCACAAUUUUAUUUUGUGUAAGUUUUUAUUCACUUAGUUAUCAAAGUGCACGUUGUAUUGCGAUUAAGUUAUAUUUUUGGUAGCGAGAUUGAGAUAUAUCGUAGUAGGUAUGAAAUAUAUUAUACUAAAGUACUUGUAAUAUCACAAUAUGUAAAGUUGUAUAGUGCUUAUAAAUAAAUGCGAAGAGAGUUUCAACACCUAUAAUAAAUCCUGUGUACAUAAAAUGCCUCCAUUUAUUUGUUAAUCUCGACAAUAUAUAUAAUGCCUAUGAUGUUCUUUAAUGAAGGUUAUCACAAAAUGGACUGUAAAUGUGAACUUUCAAAAGAAAUAAAAUUAAUUAUCCAUUGGAUAAUGGCGAAUACCA